AUGAGACCCCAGCUCGGACAGAGUGUCGUCUGGCCUGCUGUGCUGAUGCUGUGCGCUCUGGCCACACAGUCGUUCACAAGCACCGUCCCCGUCGAUCCCAACUACGAAACCGACGCCUCCGGCACCAUCACGGUGCUGCUGCUAUCGAGCCAGUUCUACGGAAUGGACGGAACUAUUAUGAAGGCGCUCCAGGACCAAUGGGGAGCCAGCAACAAUAUCCAAAUCACCCGACGGAUCUUUGACCCCGACCAGAACUACACCGACUAUGUGAACCAGAUCAUGAGUGCCUGCAGCUUUGCCGAGAGCUCCUUCUUUGACGUGGUCUAUGUGGACGUGAGCUACAUUGGGCUGCUGCAGAACUGCUUGCUGAACAUGACGGCAUGGAACUCGAGCCUGGGCCAAGGACACCAUCCGGUUGCUUUCGGAAACAACGUGAACAACAACAGCCUCUAUGCCCUGCCGGCUGAGAUGGACAUGGGUCUCCUGUACUGGAACGAGGAUAUUCUCUAUCGCCACUCGAUGAAGGGCCCACCUAUUGAUCUGAACGACAUGGAAAACAUGGCCGGCUAUGCUCUGAAGAACGAGAGGGCCCUGGAAAACUAUGUUCUGACAGGGCUGGUGGGCCAGUUUGGAAUUUCCGACAGCGCUUUUUGCAACUUUCUCGAGUGGAUCUGGAUCGCUGGCGUCGAUACGCUGAUGGACUCCUACGGCAAUUUUUCGAUUGCAACAAGCCAUAUAGCCGCAGUCGUCAGCCAGGUCGCGAGCUGGACCGACAGCUUCAUCAUCGACCCGACCAACACCGACGGGAUGGACGAGGGCGCAGCCUUUGACUCCUGGAUUCGCGGCAACUCGAUCUUUAUGCGCAAUUGGGCAUCGUACCUGCUGGCCGCUGCCGACCAGGCGCCGUUCCAGUGGGGCGCCGGGCCCAUGGUCAACUCAAACGUGUCCGACGGCGGAUCCGGGACACUUGGUGGGUGGGCGGUGGGUGUCUACCGCUACUCGACCAACCCGGGAGCGGCGCUCAAGUUUGCCGAGUUUGUGUCUUCGCAAGACUACCAGCGAAAGUUGUCGAUCAACUUGGGCCGACACCCGAUCCCGACCUAUCCAAACCUUUACAACGACAGCGACGUCUGCAAAAACUACCCCAACAACGCCUGCGAAACCUUUGCCAGCAUCAAUCUAAUCCGCCGACCCAGCAUCGAAACGGGAGUCAACUACACGAACGUAUCAACGGUCAUCUCGACGGCCGUCUCCAACAUCUUGCACGGCGCCUAUGUGACCCAGACGCUGCUGGAUCUGGACGCCGAGGUGUUGCGCAUCCUGGGCAAGCCGCCUCGCAACGCUACCCUGACCGUCGACCCCAACACCGCACGCCCGGGCAAGCGAGUGCCGUCGGACAUUGUGGUGCAGACGUCGGGGCUGUUCUGUGUCAUUUUCGUGGUGAUGACGGCGGCGGGCAUUUACAAGUACAAUGCCAAUAAGAAGGCCCAGGAGAUAAAGAAGGCCGAGGAAGACAAGUUCAAGGAGCUGGAGGAGGACCACCCAGACGGCCCUGAGGUGGAGCAGCGCGGCCCGCACGACCACGAGAGCGAUUUCGACGACGGGGAUGACUACCACAAGUACGAAGAUGUCACAGACAAAACAAGGCUGGUCUAACCGAGUCUCUGCCCUGUGGCUCGUCGUUCGGGUCAUAUAAGCAUCAGGAAGGGACCGAGAAGGAGGGGAUCCGCAAUACACUCAAACGGAUCCGGCUGCAGAGCAAGGGGUGUGUGUUCAGCGACUGCAUUCAAAGGUGACAGUGCGCGAUGCAGAAUGAAAUGGACAAUGUCUAGCGGGGAGCCGUGCAAGCUUGGACCGGCCAUCGUAAUACAUUUGGCGA